AUGACUGGACGUGGAGGCCGCGGUGGAGGAAAAGUCCUCCUCCCACCCAUCAACUUUAUCUUCAAGCUUCUCCAGUCCCGGGCGACGAUAUCAGUGUGGCUCUACGAAAACCUGGGCCUGCGCAUCGAGGGAAAGCUCAGGGGCUUCGAUGAGUUCAUGAACCUCGUCAUUGACGAUGCCGUCGAGGUGACGAUCCCAAAAAAGGACGCGCCAGAGGAAAGACGCAAGAUUGGCCAAGUCCUUCUCAAGGGCGACAACAUUUCUCUCAUCCAGCAGCUCCAAUAA